CCCCCUUUCUCCCCCUUUUCUUUAAUUAUUGAUUAGGGUUUUGGUUCGGCAAAGAAUAUCCAAAAUCGAAGUGCAAUUCAAUACAAACACUUCGAAAUUUCAAACUUCCCCCUCAAAAUUUUUAAAAAGGAAGAAGGAACCGUAGAUCGUUGAUCGGUGACACCGAAAGUCCGGAGCUUGAGAAGAGCAAACGCUGCGUUUUCAAAAUCCUCUCGCAUCUUCCGGCGCCGGCCCGUAGGAUUCGUCGCUGGUAAACUCUGCCGAGCCAAGAAUUCGGAACAGUGCAAUGAAGAGGAAGAGAAGCAAGAAGGGUAAAUCAAAAGCUGCAUCUGCAUCUGCAUCUGCAUCCAAAGAUGAAGCUGCGGUUGUUAGUGUAGCGAGCGAGAGCAGAGAAGAUAGUUCGGGUGCGGGCGAGGAGAAUCAGAGUAAGAAUAGCACCAACGAAGACAAGGGUGCAGAGUGUGAAUCUGGGAUGGAGGUUGAUACGCCUUCUUCCACAGGGACGGACCAGCCUCUGAAGGCGGCAAAUGCCAAGCCCAGUAGUUCAGUUGAUAAAGAAAGUUCUGGGAAGUUGUCAGUUAGGCAUGUUAAGGUCAAGCUCAAGAGUUCCAAGGCUUUGGAGUCACCUACUGAUACUGAUAGAAGCAGUCCUCCAUUGGGAUCACAGAAACAAGGUGCAGCCAGUGAUAAGAGGGAAGACAGUGGCAGCUCAGUGCCUGACUCGAAAAUGAGCGGUUCUGGGAAUGUGGCAAAGAAACCAGGGAGUAUAAAGAUAAAAACUUCGAAGGUUGUGGAUGGUGAUAUUGUGGCAUCAAAGGACAGUGUGUUGAAGGCACAUAAGCCUCCUGCUCAGGUGUCUCAAUAUGAUAAGGAAGAGUUAGGGUCUGCCUUGAUAGUUAUCAGGAAGAUAAUGAAAAUGGAUGCAGCCCUUCCUUUCAAUGCCCCUGUGAAUCCUGAAGCACUGGGAAUACCUGACUACUUUGACAUCAUAGAUACACCUAUGGACUUCGGAACUAUAUGCAGCAAUAUUGAAAAGGGUGGCAAGUAUAUGAACUCAGAGGAUGUCUACAAGGAUGUGCAGUACAUUUGGGGAAACUGUUACAAGUACAACAAUAAAGGUGACUAUAUCUUGGACCUUAUGAGGCGAGUGAAGAAGAACUUUAUGAAAUAUUGGUCAGCAGCAGGCUUGUAUACAGGACAAUCAGGAGGAACCAGUGGUGCUGAUGGUGCCCAGGAAGCAAAUGCUGCAAACCAAGGAAGCGCGAAAUCCAGCCAACCGAAACAGAAGUCUAAAAAGCGUCAUGGAAGGCGCCACAAAUCAGAUUGCUUAUGUGCUGUAUGUGUUCUACAGCGGCGUAGAAAGGAGCGUGAGGAGAAUGCUCGGCAGGCCAAUGGCCAGUCUGCUGAUGAAGGAGUCACUCCAGAGACCAAACAAGAGGGAGCUUCAUCACCCGUGGAAAGCCAUGGUGGAGAAGAUUCUUCAUCAAACAUGGAUGAUAACUCACAAGACCUAGGCACAGACGCUGAGGUGGAAGGAAAAGCAGAAGAGACUAAAUUGGAAGAGAGUGAAAAGCAAACCAAUUCUCCUGACAGGAAGUCAAACGAUGAAAUGGACGUGGAUGAAGGAGAAGAGGAGGAAGAAGAGAUACACGAUCGACCAGAAGGCAGCAACGAAGCAUUGCAGAACUCACAGUUGGCUGAGAAGUCAGGAGAUGAGGACAUGAGCGGACAACUCGAUCCUCAAGUUCCAGAAAAUCCAGAUGGUGCAGUUGAUGUUGCUGAGAAUGACCAAGAAGUAGCAGUGCAACAUGAAGGAAGCAUGGCAGUUAAACAAAACACUCAUAAGCAGUUGGUCGAUAGCCAGAAGGCAGGAAUGUUUGAUAAGUUUCGUCCAGAAGAUCCCAUACUCUUGGACCUGUGCACAAAGCUCUUCCCAGAAAAGCGAAGGUCAAUGUGGAACGGACCUCAUUCGCUGUUUGCUCAGCAGGAUCCUACUCCUGCUCGAGUCAGUUCUCUUCACAGGGCUAUAGAGACACUUAUGAAGUAGAUGGAUUAUGCAUUGGCAUUGUCCGCGUACAUGCAGCUUCCGAGGCAAUCCACUUGUUGCCUUGGUUUGGCAUUGUUCAUCCAUGUCAUUCGCAGGGGAGGAAGUUCUGAUAACCGAGGAUAGUUUGUUUGAGAACAAUUUUUUUUUUUUUUUUGCAUAGCUUCAGUAGAUGAACAAUUCGUAUGAAACAAUGUUGGUAGGUAAAUUGGUGCUGAAGAAACUUGCUGUCUGUAAAUAGUAGAGAUCUUUGUAAUGUGGAGUUAGUGACGAUGGUUUGAUUUACUUAAACAAGAAUGAGCAAUAUCUGUAAACGAAUUGGUAUAUGCUCAUUUCUCAAUGCUUAGCCUAAAAUUUACUGUGAGACUUUGAAUCCAAAUGGGAACUUAUUUGUAGGAUUUUCUA